GCGUAAAAUGACUGCAUGCGUAUGCAUAUGAGCCAUGCGAACCACUGAUAUUUGUUGGGCCUUCGACUCGAUCACCCGCGCAAAUUAUGCCCGCUGCGCGUGUAGGCAGCCACGGGCCCUCACUAGCAGUACUAUGCACCUAUAGCUUAGGUAUUUCUCAUGAACUUCUAGGGGACGUGUAGGUUUUGACACACGGACUGUGCCGCCCUCCAUACCCCAGAACAUGCACGGCCCCAGCGCUGUAACAGGGCAACAAGAUGCAGCGGCAGACGCAGCCCAUGAGGACGUGGCUGGACCCGGCCCCCUUGCGGGGGGCUCCACUCCAUCCACAGGAGAGCUGGUCAGGGUGUUGUCGCCGCCGCUGUCGCCCUCGCUGGAUUUUCGAAGCAUCUCCUUCGACCCGCUGAGGGCGCUCCACACGCCGGGGCUGCAGCCACCUGUGGCCAACGCCGCUCCACUGGACAACAUCUCCAAGUUCCGCAGGCUACUGCCGCCCGAUCACCCGGACGUUGUCACGCUGGGUGGCGAGCGCACUGGUAGCGAGGCCUCGCGCAAGAAGCACGAGAUGUUCAAGGAAUCGGCGCUGCGGGCCCGCGAGCGCAUCAUGAACUCGACCAAGGUGUCGCUGGAGGCGGUGCAGUCCCUAGCGCUUGAGGCCUCCCCGGGGCCCCUGUCCAAGCUGGCGCGCUGGUUCGAGGGUGCGGCGCGCGUGUGUGUCACCACACGCCACGCCGCUGGCGUGCGCGGCCGCGCCACUGGCGUCCUGGCCGCCUACGACAGGUUCAUGAACUUGGUCCUGCGCGACGUGACCGAGCAGUACACGGUCGCGGUGCGCAAGGUGAAGGAUUACACACGGCAGCUGCCCGCAGACUCUCCCGUGGUGCAGAAGGCCCUGGCAGCCGCGGCGGCCACGGCAGCGUCGGCCCCCGCCUCCGCAGGAGGAGGAGGAGGAGGCUCUCCCCGUGGCGCUUCAGCAGGCUCGAUUGCGGACGCAGGUGCGGAAGCUGGAGCAAAAGCGAGCUCGAGCGGGAGCACGACGGUCUCGGGGCUCUGCAGCUCUGUCCGCAGCGGCGGCGACAUCCCGACAGGCAUGGUGGAGCUGACACGCAGCCGCAUGGUGCGGCGGCGGGAGGCGCGGCAGCGGCACUUGGGGCAGGUGUUUAUUAAGGGGGACAGCAUCGUGGCGGUGCACGCCGCAGAGCAGCCGCCAGUGCCCGCCACGCAAGAGGAGCGAGAGCGUGCCGCGGCAGAAGCGGAGGCGGUGGCUUCGGGGCUUAAGCUGGCACCCGCGCGGAGCCCGGCGCCCGCAGUCGCCGUGGCUUCGGCGGCGAGGGCGCGGUCGCCGGUGGCGGUGGCGGUGGAGAUGAGGCGGCACGAGCCGUACGCCUUGCCAGCAGGGCCGCCGGCAGGUGUGGUCGGCGGUACAGCGGCCGGCAUGGGCGCUGCUGGCGCCGCGGCGAGCGGCGCAGGCAGCCAUGCGUGGGACGCUGCUGCAGCCGCCAGCAGCAGCGCUGGUGAAAGUGUCGGCGGCGGUGCAGGCCCAACCUUCAGCCUUGGGAGCGGGCGCGGCACGGGCCCAGCGCGUGUGGCAGGCCGCUUUGGUGGUGGGCGAGGGAGAGGCGGCCCCGCAUCUGCCGGCGGUAGAGGUGCUGCGGCCGGCAGUGCUGGUGCACGUCUGGGUCCUGUUCAAGACGCGCCUGUCCAUCAAGCCACGCAGCCGGUGUCUGCUCCGCCAAUUGGAAUGGGCGUCAGGUCACCUGCGGCGGACCCCAGGCGCCCAUACAGUGCGCCACCGGGCGAUGAUGGUGGCCGCAUGGGGGCCGGGCCAGGCUUCGGGCCAGGCGGCGGCGGCGGAAUGGGGUUAGGCGGCAUGAGGCCAGGCGUCAUGGGGCCAGGCGGUAUAGGGCACGCCGGUAUGAGGCCAGGCGGCAUUGGGGCAGGUAGCAUGGCGCCAGGCGGUAUAGGGCAAAGCGGUACAGGGCAAGGCGGCAUUGGGGCAGGUGGCAUGGGGCCAGGAGCAGGGAUGGGGCCAGGCGGCAUGAGCCCAGGCUUCGGGCCAGGCGGCAUGGGGCCAGGCCUCGGGCAAGGCGGCAUGGGGCCAGGAGGUGUUGGUUUCAGACCAGGCGGCGCCAUGGCUCCUAGCGGCGCCAUGGGGCGUGGUGGUGUGGGGCCGCGGGGCAUGAUGCCACACCAUUCAGGGCCUGGGCCAUGGGGCCCGAGGCCACCGGGCUACCAGGGCCCAGGGUGGCAGUGAGUACGAUACCAACCGAGGCAUUGUGAUGUAUGCCUCGUGGAGAGGCCCUGUACUCUGCUGUUUGCUGGUGACAGCUAGGCUACACAACGCCUGCUGCACCGAGUACAUCGUGGCAACCUCACUCCCAG